AUGUCUUUAUCCAACAAAUUAUCCGUCAAGGACUUGACCGUCUCCGACAAGAGAGUCUUCAUCCGUGUUGAUUUCAACGUCCCAUUGGAUGGCAAGACCAUCACCAACAACCAAAGAAUCGUGGCUGCCUUGCCAACCAUCGAAUACGUGUUGGAAAACAAGCCAAAGGCCAUUGUGUUAGCCUCCCACUUGGGCAGACCUAACGGAGAAGUCAACGAAAAGUACUCGUUGGCUCCUGUUGCUGCCGAAUUGGAGUCUUUGUUGAAGAAGCCUGUCACUUUCCUCAAGGACUGUGUCGGUGACGAUGUCGAAAAGGCUGUCAACGCCGGCAAGGAUGGCCAGAUCUUCUUAUUGGAGAACUUGAGAUUCCACAUCGAAGAAGAAGGCUCCAAGAAGAACAAGGACGGUGAAAAGGUCAAGGCCUCUGCCGAAGACGUCAAGAAGUUCAGAUCGCAAUUGACUGCCUUGGCCGACGUCUACGUCAACGAUGCCUUCGGCACUGCCCACAGAGCCCACUCCUCCAUGGUUGGCUUGGACUUGCCCCAAAAGGCUGCUGGUUUCUUGAUGGCCAAGGAAUUGGAAUACUUCGCUAAGGCUUUGGAAAACCCAACCAGACCUUUCUUGGCCAUCUUGGGAGGUGCCAAGGUCUCCGACAAGAUCCAAUUGAUCGACAACUUGUUGGACAAGGUCGACUUGUUGAUUGUCGGUGGUGGUAUGGCUUUCACCUUCAAGAAGGUCUUGGACAAGAUGCCAAUUGGUAACUCGUUGUUCGACGAGGCUGGUGCCAAGAACGUGGAACACUUGGUGGCCAAGGCUAAGAAGAACGGUGUCGAAAUCGUCUUGCCUGUCGACUUCGUCACUGCUGACGACUUCAACAAGGACGCCAACACCUCCACUGCUACCCAAGAAGAAGGUAUUCCAGACAACUGGAUGGGUUUGGAUGCUGGUCCAAAGUCCAGAGAAUUGUUCGAAGCCACCGUGGCCAAGGCCAAGACCAUCGUCUGGAACGGUCCACCAGGUGUGUUCGAGUUCGAAAAGUUCGCUGCCGGUACCAAGUCCUUGUUGGACGCUGCCGUCAAGUCUGCUGGUGAAGGUAACACCGUCAUUAUCGGUGGUGGUGACACUGCCACUGUUGCCAAGAAGUACGGCGUUGUUGACAAGUUGUCCCACGUCUCUACUGGUGGUGGUGCUUCCUUGGAAUUGUUGGAAGGUAAGGAAUUGCCAGGUGUUGUUGCUAUUUCUAACAAGCAAUAA